GAAGAGUCACGUGACGUGCAGAGAGAAGGGCAGCAAACCUUGGCCAAUCAAAGGAUCAAAGGUUGUUGUCGGUAUUUUAUUUGUAUUUAGGCACAAAGACUCUCUUUGUAGAUUCGACUCUGACGGCUACGUUUUUCAAUCACUCAACCAGAUCAGAUCAGAUCUCACCUCACCUCAUCUCACGCUCUCCAAUUUGCAGUUGAAAAUGGCUGAAGAAUCAAAACCGGGGUUGAGGAAGCCUGUAUUCACCAAGGUUGAGCAGCUCCGCCCAGGCACUUUUGGCCACACUCUCACUGUGAAGGUUGUUAGUGUAAAGAUGGUAUUGCAGAAAGGGCGAGCUGAUGGUCCUCAAGUACGCCAAAUGAGAAUUGCUGAAUGUUUGGUUGGGGAUGAGACUGGAUUGAUUAUCUUUACUGCUAGAAAUGAUCAAGUGGACUUGAUGAAAGAGGAUUCUACUGUGAUCCUUCGCAAUGCGAAAAUCGACAUGUUUAAAGGAUCAAUGAGGCUUGCUGUGGACAAGUGGGGCCGUGUUGAAGUCACUGAACCUGCUGAUUUCACUGUGAAGGAAGAUAACAACCUGUCGCUGAUUGAAUACGAACUUGUCAACGUUGUUGAAGAAUGACUUCUGCAUGGUGUUUGCUACUCAACUGGAUGGUGACCUGAGAAUAAAAAACAACUCAAGAAAAAGCAAUUACUGUUAGAGGACAUUAUGUCCAAAUGCAUGUGAAAGUUAGUUUAUGAAAGAGGAUAUCUGCAAAAGCUAAUACUGCCCCAGUUGCUUUUACAUUUCCCGUAAAUCCAACAGCAGCCUUUGAUUGGACUUCCAAACAGAUGGUGAUGGCUAUGAAUCAGUGAGUUCAAGCAGCUUCCUUUUAGAACUUGGUUUGGUUUGCUUACUGCCUAUUUAUUUUUGGACAGUUGUUGAUCUUGCUCUAUGUCAUGACAGCUAUAAAAAUUACCGGAAGUUAUGUUCUCUACUUGCUCUAA